AUGGCGGAUCAAGGGGAGCAGCUAGCUUCGUCAUCUGAUACUACUGCCUGGCGCGGCACGGAAGAUAACAUGGAUGAUCCAGAGGAGGUGAAAGUAGUUUUCUAUGCUCUCGACUCUUUCUCACGGCGCUCCUUUUACGCGCUUCCUCAAGCACACUGGAAGAUGCUGGCGGCGCCCCCUUUCAAUUUUCUUGAAACCCUAGACAGAACAGACGACGCAAUAGAUGCUAACGCCGAGCUGGCCCGUGCAAUUGUAGCCCAUGGUUUACGGUCAUUCCACAACCUUGCCGCCGUCUCUCCGCAGGGCGAGCCCAUGAUACCGCUGGAGUGGACAGGCGUAGCCAAGCAUGGAGAUAUUGACAAGGCUCGGAGUACAAUCAGACAAUUCUACAGGGACUGGACAGCAGAAGGCGCCGUGGAGCGCGACAUCUGCUACGCGCCCAUCUUGAAGACGCUUGAGCAAGAGCGGGCACGCAUCGGAGAGGAGAGACAACCGAAAGUGCUGGUGCCAGGCGCAGGACUGGGAAGAUUGGUAUUUGAGCUGUGCCGCAAGGGAUACGAAGCUGAAGGCAACGAGAUUUCCUAUCACCAACUUCUGGCGUCAUCCUACAUCUUGAACGAGUGCCAAACGGAAGGGAAGUACACCAUAUACCCCUGGAUACACACCUUCUCCAACCAUCUCACCCGAGCGAACCACCUACGGAGCUACAAAGUGCCCGACAUUCACCCCGCCACGACGUUGGCCAAAACGGCAAACGCAGGAAGCAUGUCCAUGUGCGCCGCUGAUUUUCUCUGCCUGUACGCAGACGAGGAGCACAAGGAGUCGUACGAUGCUGUCGCGAGCCUGUUCUUCCUUGACACUGCGCCCAAUCUGAUACGGUAUCUGGAAGUCAUCCGCCACUGCCUCCGACCAGGUGGUGUUCUCAUCAAUGUCGGCCCGCUGCUGUGGCACUUUGAGAAUCAAGCACCCGGGAACCAUGGGCAUGAUGACGACGGAGAUGGCGAGCACGACUAUAAUAACUCAUCGGGCAUUGCAGACCCAGGGAGCUUCGAGCUGUCCAAUGAUGAGGUGAUGGCAUUGCUGGAGAAGCUGGGAUUCACAGUGGAGUGGAAGCAGACGGGAAUAGAGACGCCGUAUAUCCAAGACAGCGAGAGCAUGUUGCACACUGUAUAUAAAGCCGCAGCAUGGGUGGCAAGGAAGCCGAAACAGGAGUGA